AUGGCAGUAGGGGUGCUCCCAGCAUGGGUGGGCUCUCUGGGCCCUGCAGCUGGUGAUGUGGCUUGUUCGUUGGGCUCCUGGUCCCAUACCCAUGGGCACGGGCAUCUCAAGCACAGCCAAGGUUUGACUAUUUCGGAACACACUCAGCUCCGCCUGGUGAACGGCCCAAGUCGCUGUGCUGGCCGAGUCGAGGUGCUUCAUGACCAGCAAUGGGGAUCUGUGUGUAAUCACAGCUGGGAUAUUAAUGAUGCCAAAGUCGUGUGCAGGCAGCUGGCAUGUGGGGCAGUGUUAUCAGUCCCAGACAAAGCUUGGUUUGGAGAAGGGUCUCACCCCAUCUGGCUGGAUGAGAUUAACUGCACAGGAACAGAAGCUUCCCUCACCGAGUGCAGAGCUAGACUUUGGGGAGACCAUAACUGUACUCAUGAAGAAGAUGCUGGUGUUGUGUGCUCAGAGCAGUCCCAGCUCCGGCUGGUGAACAGCCAGAGUCGCUGCACAGGAAGAGUCGAAGUGCUUCAUAACCAGCAAUGGGGAGCCGUGUGUGAUCACAACUGGGACCUACGUGAUGCCGGAGUCGUGUGCAGGCAGCUGGGCUGCGGGACGGCAUUGUCAGCCCCACGAAGAGCGCCGUUUGGACAAAGCUCUGACCCCAUCUGGCUGAAUGAUGUCCACUGCACAGGGACAGAGGCGGCCAUCCCCGAAUGCAGGGCCAAGCCCUGGGGAGUCCAUAACUGCACCCAUGAAGAAAUUGCCGGUGUUGUGUGCUCAGAGCCUGCUCAGCUCCAGCUGGUGAAUGGCCCACAUCGCUGUGCAGGGAGAGUCGAGGUGUUCCUGAGCCAGCAGUGGGGAACUGUGUGUGAUGAUGACUGGGACUUUCUUGAUGCCAGAGUUGUGUGCAAGCAGCUGGGCUGUGGGAUGGCGUCAUUAGCGCCACAUGACGCUCACUUUGGACGAGGAUCUCACCUUAUCUGGCUGGAUCAGGUUAACUGCACAGGGACAGAAGCUGCCCUCUCCGAAUGCAGGGCUUGGCCUUGGGGAGUGCAUGACUGUACCCAUGCAGAAGAUGCCAGUGUUGUGUGCUCAGGGCCUGCUAUGUCCCUUGGCGUCUGGCUUCUCCGCUCUGCCCUGGUUCUGCUCCUGCUGGUGUCUGCCCCAAUCAUCACCUGCAUCCUGAAGAAAGGAGCCCCCACCCUCCCUGAGCCCCUGAGAACUGGCAAUGGCAGCAAGGGGCAGCCUGGAGAGGACCCAGUGAUGGGAGAGGAGUCGGUUAUAUACGCCAAUGUCCCAAGUCUUUUGGGUACCCAGAGACCUCAGACAGAGAUGUACUGACUAGGAGGAUGCCAGCAACACAGGGCUGCGGGGAAGCCUGGCCUGGAUUGGGGAGAUGGCAGCUUCACCUCCUAGUGUCCAAACGUUCCACCCUCCAUGUCUCUUGCACUAGAGCAUGCAAGAGGCACGUCCCACAUUGCUGCUUCUACCUCCAGCAAGGGGAUGGCCAUGCUUGCAGCAUAUGUCCUGAGCGGCCUUUAAUGGCAGGGCACGUUCUGAACAGGACAAUGAGCUCAUUGUUAAUA